AUGGUCGCGCCUCAGUCGUCGACGUACCCUCGCACCGACUUUCCCGAGGACCUCGAGUGCCACCCUCUGCUCGUCGUCGACUACGCCAAGGUCGCUGCGGGCGACGAGCAAGAGAUCGACCAGCUGUACCAGGCGUGCACGGCCCUCGGCUUCUUCUACCUCAAGCACCAUGGUGUCGAGGACCUGACCGAGCCCAUGUUCGCCAUGGGCAAGGCGACGUUCGAGCUCCCGGACGACGAGCUCAUGCCGUUCGAGCAGGGCGACAGCGGCAUGAGCGCCGGGUACAAGAAGGCCGGCCUCAACAACGUCGACGCCAAGGGCAACCUCGACACGGUUCACUUCAUCAACGUCGCCAAAGAUGACGCGCUCGCGUACCCGGAGGUGCGCCAACGCACUUACCCCCGCACGGUCGUCGAGCGCAUGGACACGGUCACGGCCUUCGUCCGCAAGUCCGACGACGUCCUCCAGACGCUCAUGGCCGCUCUCGAGCCUCGGCUUGGCCUUCCCAAAGGGACGCUCGCCGCCCUGCACAAGGAGGGCGACAUCUCGGGCUCCGAGUCGCGCUGCAUCCUCAAGCCGGCCGAGGGCGACAAGGGCUACCUCCCCGAGGGCAAGGGCGACGACGGAAACCCGGCGGCCGCGAUUGGCGCACACACCGACUUUGGCGUGAGCUCUCGAGCCUUCUUCGACCGACGACCGCCUCCACGCCUCUCGAUGCUGCACGGCCGUGGCUGCGGCGGCCUCCAGGUCCUUCCUCCCGGCACGACCAAGUGGCAGCACAUCCGCCCCCUUCCCGGACACGCCGUAUGCAACGUCGGCGACACGCUGUCGGUGUACUCGGGCAACAUCUUCAAGUCGAACAUCCACCGCGUCAUCCCUCCCCCUCCUCCGCAGAACAAGGACCCUCGCUGGUCGCUCGUCUACUUCCUCCGUCCCGGGUUCGACCAGCCCUUGACGCCGCUCGUCGACCAGUCGGACAAGAUCCGGGCGCACGCCGCACAGGACGCGGCGAUGCAGGCCCUGCCCAAGGGCGAGACGGCCGGCAGCUGGUACAAGCGCAGGAUCAAGAUGCAGCGCGUCGCGAACCGGACGGGCCCCGAGAGCUGGAAGGCGUCCAGGGGGACCGAGCACGACCCGAACAAGGAGUAA